UCUCGCUUACCCUCGCCCUUUCAUCCUACCGGCGCUGGACCUGGAGGCCCAACAGACACUCCGAAGCGCGGGCCCGCUCAUUGUGCGUGCGAAUCGCAGCCCCAUGCGUGUCCAAUGCAUCCACGGCGUUCGGAUGCCGCGGGGGGACCCAAGCAAGCUGCGCCUGCGCAGUCGGAGCCGGCCCGCCUAGGCCUGGGAGGGACUCGAUGGGGGAGCGGUGGGUCCGGCGGCUUGAAAGGGCGGGGCAUGUCCUGGUUCUAACUCAGAAGGUCGGAGGGGUUCGGUAACGCUGCGGAGACCACUCCAAAGGGAGGCAGCAGGAACCACCUAGGCGCUCCCGGCGAACAGUCCCAGGAUGCUCCGCGCCCGGCCCCGGACUCCAUUUCCCAGCGGGCACUGCGGUCGGUGCCUGCAGCCGCCCGAGCGCGGUGGCCCCUUUGUGAGUCGGCCUGUCCGGCCCGAGAUCGAGUCCCAGCCCCGGCCCUCGGGGGCGCUGGGCUCCCGGCCUCCGCCGACCGACAGCGUAGAGGGAGGUGCCCACCCGCAAGGAGGAGGCGCGGGAUUUUCUCCAGACACUGCCCUUCUCCCAGAGAGGAGCCUGAAGGAGGACAGAAGAACUGUCAUAAAUUCUUAACUUGUUAAAGCCAUGUCUGAGGAUUUGGUGACAUUUAGGGACGUGGCCGUGGAUUUCUCCCAGGAGGAGUGGGAGCAGCUGAACUCUGCUCAGAGGGGACUGUACAGAGAUGUGAUGCUGGAGAACUACCGGAGCCUGGUCUCGCUGGCAGGAGUUUCAGUUUCUAAGCCAGAUGUCAUCUCAUUACUGGAACAAGGAAAAGAGCCCUGGGUGGUGAAGGAGGGGACAAGAGGCACAUACUCUGAUUGGAAGUAUGCAUUUAAAAACAGUGAAUUUUCAUCAAAGCAAGUUAUUUAUGAAGAAUCAUCCAAAGUAAUGACAUUGGGAAGAAGCCAUCUUAGUCAUAGCUUUGACUGCCCCCGUUUGAGAGAAGAUUGUAAAAGUGGGGACUGGUUUAAGAACCAGUUGGGAAGUCAGGAGGUACAUUCUAAUCAACUGAUCAUUACUCGUAAAGAAAUACUCACUGAAGAUCAAACUAAUGAAUAUAAUAAAUCUUGGCAAACUUUCCAUCAGGAUGCAAUAUUUGCUAUAAAACAGAGUUUUUCCACCAAAGAAAGAGCACAUAAGCAUGAGCCACAAAAGAGAAGUUACCGAAAAAAAUCUGUUGAAAUGAAACGUAAGAAAGUCUAUGUAGAAAAGAAACUUUUGAAAUGUAAUGAAUGUGAGAAAGUCUUCAACCAGAGUUCAUCUCUUACUCUUCACCAGAGAAUUCAUACUGGGGAAAAACCCUAUGCAUGUGUUGAAUGUGGGAAAACCUUCAGCCAGAGUGCAAACCUUGCUCAACAUAAGAGAAUACAUACUGGGGAGAAACCCUACGAAUGUAAGGAGUGUAGGAAAGCCUUCAGCCAGAAUGCACACCUCGCUCAGCAUCAGAGAGUUCAUACUGGAGAGAAACCUUAUCAGUGUAAAGAAUGUAAAAAAGCCUUCAGCCAGAUUGCACACCUGACUCAACAUCAGCGAGUCCAUACUGGAGAGAGACCAUUUGAAUGUAUUGAAUGUGGAAAGGCCUUUAGCAAUGGUUCAUUUCUUGCUCAGCAUCAAAGAAUUCAUACAGGAGAGAAACCUUAUGUAUGUAAUGUGUGUGGGAAAGCCUUUAGCCAUCGUGGUUACCUAAUUGUACAUCAGAGAAUUCAUACAGGAGAGAGACCCUAUGAAUGUAAGGAGUGUAGGAAAGCUUUCAGCCAGUAUGCACACCUUGCUCAACACCAGAGAGUUCAUACAGGAGAGAAACCUUAUGAAUGUAAAGUAUGUAGGAAAGCCUUCAGCCAGAUUGCAUACCUUGAUCAACAUCAGAGGGUCCAUACUGGAGAGAAACCUUAUGAAUGUAUUGAAUGUGGGAAGGCCUUUAGCAAUAGUUCAUCACUUGCACAACAUCAGCGAAGUCAUACUGGAGAAAAACCUUAUAUGUGUAAGGAAUGUAGGAAAACAUUCAGCCAGAAUGCAGGCCUCGCUCAGCAUCAGCGAAUCCAUACUGGAGAGAAACCUUAUGAAUGUAACAUCUGUGGGAAAGCCUUUAGCUAUAGCGGAUCUCUUACUCUGCAUCAAAGAAUUCAUACUGGAAGAGACCCUAUGAAUGUAAGGACUGCAGGAAAUCUUUCAGGCAGCGUGCACACCUGGCGCAUCACGAGAGAAUUCAUACUAUGGAGUCAUUCUUGAGUCUUUCCUCUCCCUCACCCACCAUGUCCAGUCAACUGCCAAGACCUGUAGGUUUUAUCUCUUAAAUAUGCCUUGAAUUUCACUCCUUUAAUCAUUUCCAUCCCAUCAUCUCUGUCCAAUACACAAUAAUCUACUUGGCAUGGACUAUGGAAAUAGCUUUCUAACUGGUUUCCCUAUAUUUACUGCUUCUUAUGUCAGUUGUCCAUGUUGCAGACACACUUGUAUUUUAAAAGUUUGAUCAUAUCACUCCUCACUCAUUAAAACCCCUCAGUGGCAUUCCAUAGUUCUUAGGAUGAAGCACACAUUCCUCAAAAUAGUCUAAAAGACCUUCCUCCCAAUACCGUGUUCCAGUCUACCUAUUGCCUGUCAACAUCCAGCUCAUUCUUUGAAUAUUUACCCAGAAUUAAGAACUCAUAUUCCAGCAUCAAAUAGAUCUGGGGUCUAAUCUUUGCUCUUCCAUUUUUAGCCCUCUAAUUUUGGGGAAACAUUUUGUCUUUUGUAAGCUUCAGUUUUAUUUAUAUUAUGAGGGUAAUAUUGGUACUACCUCGAAAGUUAAUGGAGCAUUAAAUGAGCUAAUGCAUGUAAAUUGCUCAGCAGAGUGCCUCGCAUAAAGUAAUCACUCAAUAAACAUUAAUGCAAAAUAAAAAGAUACUGUGGUAUACAGGGAAGACCGGAUCAUCUCAACAGUGAUCAGCUGAGACAACAAAAGCAGCAGCUCCAGACUAAAGAGGUUGUCAAGGUUUCUCAUUAGGAACAGUAGUCAAUGAACUAAAGGUGGGUGGCAAGGGUACCUGAUACAGUACGCCUGAUGUUCUAGUCCAUGAUAAUACAGAGUAAGAUGCUGGCUUCUAUUUCAGCAUGAAAAUAUAGAGACAUGACUUUGUUGGUAAGAAAAAGUAGCUUUAUUAGAUAUUCAACAGUUCUAAGAAGCCAGAUUUUAAAAAUUGCUGUAAUGAGUAGAAUUUGCUGAGAUGUAUUCCUCAUUUACAUUUAAACAAGGACAAAACAGAUGUUAAAAAAAAAAAAGAACAUUUGAAAAGAUCAAUAGCCAAAGAAGACUAGAAAAUAAAUUGUAAGUUUGACCCCUGCUCCUAAUUCCAGGUGGGUGAAUUGUAUUAAACCUGUUUCAUUAAAAAUAGAAAAAGCUAUUAAACUUCUAAGCAGUAGUUCUAAAACUAAAAGGGAAAAGAAACCAAAAUUGUAAGUACUCAUAAACUGGCUGCCUACAAACAGAUUUGGCUUGGUAUGCAUAAAGUUUAAAAUGAAUAUGCGUACCUUUAGGUGGGCCUGUGUUUUCCAGUUCUUCACAAUUCAAACCACUCCCUGUUUCCACACAUCUGACUUGUUUGACAGUUUAUAUUAUUUCCUGACUCCUGAAGACUUUCAGUAUGCAAUCAAUGCAGUAACCAAUUCACAUGUGAAUACAGGUACAAAGAAAAUGAAAGUUUAAUGAAGGAUGAAAGGAAGACUUGAAACAUCUCUCUAUAGGGGAAGACUCAGUAUUUUACAGAUGUUAGGAGGCCCCAAAUUAAUCUACAGAUUCCCUGGACAUAACAAAAUCCUAACAAUUUAAGGCUCAAAAGAUUGUGUUCAUGUGAACAUACACAUAUACAUUCAUAAAGAUAUAUACAUAAAGAAAAUAGAUAAUAAAGGUGGUCUUUCAUGCCAGUGGCUUAACAGUAUUGGUAAAAUUGACACUGUAUACAAAAACAGUCCCCUCAUUCUUUUAUCCAAAUAUGAAAUGGAGUGAUUAGAGAUACUAUAACAUACUUUAUAAUCAUGGAGUGAGAACAGUCUUCCUAAACAUGACAUGAGCUCCAGAAGCCACACACACAAAGAUUCUAGGUUUGAUUGUGUAAGAACUUUAUUAAUCUUUUAUAUACUCAAAGAAGGUACAACCAAGGUUUUUAGACAUCAGAAUUGGAGGAAAUCGUUACAACAUAUGUAACCUGUGAAAUUCAUAUCUUUACCAUAGAAGUACUCCUACAAAUCUCAUACAAAAUGACACUCCUCCCCCCGCCAUGGGCAAAGGUAUGAGAGGCAACAGGUGACUGACGAAUGUAAGUACUGAAUUCACUAGGAUCAGAAUAAAUACAAGUUAAACCAAUGAACUAUCCAUUUUUCCUUACCAGACUGAUUUUUUAAAAUCUACAUUGCAAAAGCAUAGGAAAGGAGAUACUUCAAUGCACUGAUGUGAGGGAGUAUGGAUUUGUACAAUGUUUCUCAAAGGCAACUUUUCAACAUCAGAAUUUUCAUUGGGAAAACUGAGAUGUUCUUUUGCAGUUAACAAACAGCGCACAAGUGUAUCUUCCCUUCAAAGCCCAGUAAACAUGUAAAAGAUACCAAGCAAAAAGAGCUGAAAAGAGGGUCAUCAGGGGAUGAGAGAGUUAAAUUUUGUGAAAAGACAAAAGGGGGAAGAGUGUUCGUGAAAUGUAGCACAAGAAGCUUCUACUUGAAAUGUUUGCAUGAUAGGGAAUUCAGCCAUGGGAGCCCAUUUGCCCAAAGGAUCCCUAGAGCGGCUCAGCAUUCGACGUGGCUUGUGUAGAGGCUGGAUGUACUAAGGAGACACAAUGACAGGACUGCUAAAUGCACUUCCACAUGAAAGUUAUGUUAGCACCCCCUGCCCGCAGCUUCCCCACUCCACCCUCUUCUGUAAGUAAACUGAAUGAGAUCCUUCACACCAUUCACAAAAAUGACUCCAGUAGAAUAAAAUUCAAAAUGUAAAAGCAAAUUAAUAAAGACAACAUAGUAGGAUAUGUUUAUGACUUUGGUGCUGGACUAUCUUCUAAAAUAGACAAAAAUGAAAACCAUAAAGGAAAAGAUUAAUGAAGCUAUCAAAAGUUAGCAUGCUUUUAAAAAAAAGAUAAGCAACAGAAAGGAAGAAAACAUUUGUAAUAUACAAAGGGAGAGAUAUAAUACCUUUAAAUCAGUAAGUAAAGGACAAUUAAACAAGUGUAAAAAUGGACAAAAGGAUAAGGAUGGGCAAAUGAGAGAAGAAUACAUAUGGCCAGUAAACAGAGUCCCUGCUUAACCUUGCUCAUAUUAAGAGAUGCAAAUUUAAAUAACAUGGCAAAAAUUGGCAGUGGUGUGGAGAAAAGGAUACUCAUCACUGCCACUUUGGAGGCAAUGAAGUUUUUAAAAUAUUCACAAUAGCCCCUCUGGAGGGCAGUAUGGUUAGGACAUGAAACGAAAACAGUCAAUGUACAGCAAUAGAAGCAUGACUAGAAAUACUAGCAACAUUUUAAAAGAAUGAAGUAUUGAUAUGGAUUCGACAAAAAGAUUAUUGAAAAUGCAAAUUUAACAGAAUACAUAUAGUAUUACAUAUUUAAAAUAUAUUUCUGAUACAUUAGUAUGUAAAUGCUUUAAAAAAAGUUCUAAACAGACACAUGAACUGAUAAAAGUGUUUCUUCUGGGCUGUGAUUGGCUAUUCUGAUCAAGAGGAGAUUUAGUGUUAUCAGUAAUAUUUGAAGUUUUAAAUAAGAAUGUAUUAAUAUAAUUUUAAAAUUUUAAACUAUGAAAAAAAUGGAAGGAACUUAGGAAAACUGGGACAGCUAGAGUGAGAGCUGGCAGCCUCGGGUAAAACCUUUUUGGAAUUUGGAGACUCGCUGAUUCACCAACCCUUCCCAUGCAUACAGAGAUCCCAGUAAGUCUUGCCAUUUGGGAAAAUAUGUCUACAGUGAGAAUAUCCAAAGAACCCCUGUCAUCUACCUAGGAUAAUGAAGCCAUAUCAUUCUUAAAUGUGAACAGACAGCGAAGGAUCAUCACAAGUGAAGAAAACUAUCGGCAUAAUAAGGACCAAGAGCCAGAACUAACCCCAGAAUGAAAACUAAAAAUUUAUGUUAGUCUGAGAUUUGAAGAGAUGUUGCAUUUUUAAAACAAAUACGGGAAGCUACCAAAGAGGUUCAUUUAAAUAAGAACUCAGAACGAAAAUAUAUUGCUGUAAAAAAUUUGAUAGAAAGUUUGAAAAAAAUGAAGGGAAGUCAUCAAGUACAUAAAUUAAAGACAGAAAUGAGAGAUAAAAAGGGACAUGGAAGUUUAGAAGGUCCAACAUCUAAUGUUCCAGAAAAUUUAUCAGGGAAAUUGUGAGGGAUGUAGCAAAGAAAUUAUUAAGAAUCUUUAUAAACUAAGAAAAGGUAUGAAUGUUCAGCUUGGAAUAGCUCACUGAAUGUUGGACAGGCUGAGUUGGCAAAAACCACAACGACAAGAGGAAAAAUGAAGACAUCCAGAAAUAUGCUUAUGAAAUUUGAAAAUUAAAGAUGAGAUCAUUCUAAAAGCUUCCAACAAAUGUAAAUGUCUCCUAAUAAAGAACAAUUAAGCUAGCAUUAGGAUGACAGAAUACAGAGCAGUCUCAUCCAAGUUAUGAGGUUAUUAUAAAAUUACAUUGAAUCCAGACAUCUAUUAAACAGUAACGAAAACAUCAGGCCAAAUGCUGAUAUUUUGUAUAUGCAGCUCACUUCCAUUACCUCCCACUUCUCCUUUAUUAGGAUCCUGAAGGAUUAGAGUCAGCAAAAUCUGGAAGGAAAAGGAAGAAGGCAGCAGGAAAGGCUUCAACAAACAGUGGUGUAACCCAGGAAAGUGGUGUUUAGGAUGGCACUCUGCAACAACCAGACCAAUUUAUGGUAGGCUAGGAAUCCAGGAGUCAGCCAAGAAGAUCUUCAGGAAGAAUGGAAUGGGUUAAAUUAAGUGAGUUAGUUUGAAGUUGGAGGAUUUUACUACCCACACAGUGAAGACAAAGGUUUGUCUUUCCUUAAGAAAAAGGAAAGAAAGGCAAUCAUUGGCUCUGGGAAAAAACAAAAGCCACACCAGAUAUCACGGUCCUAAUGUCAAGCAAGACUCCAUAUAAUGUUGCAUGAUCCUGAAAAAUAGACUGAAAAAAGGAAAUCCAUUUGACUGAUAUUAGGAAUAGUCUCGUUUAAGUGGGUACUGAGAUCAUAACAGACCUGUAGGGGAGGAAAUGUAAUCUUCACACAUUGCUUGGCUGUGAUUCUUCAGACAAUAAUAUUACAUGGUGGUGGUAACCUGAUGCUAUUUCAUGUGCAAUGUUACAAUAUGUAGGCAAAGCACUGAAGUCUCUGUGUAUUAUCUAUCCAGUACUUCAUAAUGUAAAAGAUACAGCUGUUAGAUUGGAUGGUGGAGGUUUCAGGGAAAUGAGACUGAAGCAAAGAUAAGGGGCAAUAAUAUUCUCAUUGUACACAGAGGGGAUUCAUGAUCUGUUUAAAGUCGAUAGAACAAGAACUAUAGCUUGACUAUAUUGCAAGUUAAAAUAUUAUUACAACAGAGGAGCUAAUAUAUAAUUCGCUUGGUAGGAUGAGUUAAAUGCUUGUGUUUCUUGAGGAAGACUCACAAAGAAUGGAGAAAGUGGAGAAACAGCAACUUUAUUCAGGAUUCUGACAGAAACCCAAUUCAAGUGAGCUUAGGAAAAAGGUAUUUAUUAGCUCCUGUAACUGAAGGGUGCAGACGUGUGUGGUUCAGCCUCAGGCAGGCUGGCCUGAAACCUGUAGCUCUGCUGCCACUUGUUUCAGUCUCUGGCAGGCUCUGUCUCAUGGGAAAAAAUGGCAUCUGAUGUGUUAGACUUAACAGAUCCUUAGAGGUUUUAAUCUCAAAAGCAAGGUGAGUGCUCUCAGCCUGCAUGUCAGCCCCUGGGGGAAUAUGACCAGUGUAGACCAAUCCCUGGGGCAUGCUGGCCAGCCUUUGUCACACACACAUUUCUCCACUAGGGGCUCAGAUCACAGGACUGACAAAUUCACAAAAAUCCCACGGAAUGGGGGUGGGCUGGGGGCAAGUUGAGAGUCAGUUCCCAUAAAGAAAAGAAACAGACCUGAACUAACGUGAGGGCAUUUACUGAUUCACUUAGUGGGUGAACAUUCCUAUCUUUUGCUGCAGAAACACUGUGUUUGAUGAGGGGUGCUACCUCAGACCCUGUGGCAAAGCCAAGGUAAAUUUCCACAGGGCAGAUGGACUCCACCCAGUAGCUAAUAAUUAAACUGUCUUGCCAGUAACCCUGAGAUGAUCUGCCUUCUGGACAAGGGAAUCCCAAAAGCAACAGGCUGGGGCUUGUGUGACAAGAAAUAGUGUAGCCUCACCUGGAACAUUCAUGCCAGCAUACUUCAGGGAAAUUCCUUUUAAAGCCCUCGAAAGGCUUCCUUCACAGAAGGUGUCAGGUAGAGACACAACCAACAGAAAGUGAGGCUGUUUCACAUCGGACAGCAGAUCUGAGCUACAAGAAAACUUGCCUUCAAGUAAGAAAACUUCAUUUCCUCUCUCCAUUCUAUAAGAGUGGCAGACCCAUAACAAGGCAAAUUCCAAUGUAUGUAAGAUGAGCCUUUGAAAAUAUUCACUAACUUCUGAAUUUAAAGUAGUGGAAACAAGAUGUCUCUGUCUCUCUGAAACCAAGGAAAAGCAUCAAGAACCAGAAACAGAUGUAAAAUUAUGCCAUGGAAAUGGCAGUGUGAGGUGAGCCUCUUGAACUCUCUCCUGGAAUUUACAACAAAUUCAACUAUAAUUCCACAAAGAACCCUGCACAGCAGACAAGCAAGAUUAAGAGAUGCGCAACUGAAAUCAUUUAAAGGUGAGCAAGUUGGGCAAGCGGGGGGAGGAGAGUAGAGGGAAGUGUGGAGACGCGGGCUGCACAGGCCGCAGGACACACAUCAGAGCUCGGAGCUCCCUGCAUCCCAGAGAUACCACAGUCACAG